AUGGACGUCCCAUGGAAUCUCCCCUUUGAGAAUGUGCUCGUCCACCCUCAGCUUGAAGUCCUUGCUUCUCCGCCUUUCGAGGAGAAGGCUUUCACGUAUAUCGUGAAGCUCCCAAACCUGCAGGAAAUACAGUUCGACCGCGGCGUCUUGAGGUUCAGUGUGUCGUCAGUCCAGUAUUUCUACCACUUUUACGACAAUGCGCCAGCGAACCCCUCAUAUACUCGAAGCCGAGUCAAGAAGGGAUCAGGCAAAGGGUGUUGUUUUGAACUGCAAACCAAAUCGGCACAGCAACUUAGCUUCACUCGUCAUCGAGUCCGACUCACUCGGCAACACCAACCUCGACGUCCCAAGUGCGCUGACGCUGCCGAUGCGUACAAGGAGGGCACCCCCUACGCCAUCGUCCGGCUCCAGAUCCCCAGUGUCGCGCUCUACUCUAUGUAUAUCUACGCCGGGCACGGCCGCUUGUUGGGUUGGAAAGACAACCUUGGGUCCGCUGUCAUCCCAACGCCACUGUCCACGGUCUCGUAA